CGAGUACCUUCGUCCAUCUUUCUCAUUCUCAACGCAUACCCCCCUCCCGCACACACGCACACACACACACGCAUACACGCACAUACAUUCUUCUCGCUGACGCCCGUUUCUCAAGCGCACAUCGAGAGUCGUUACAGAAGGUACAUCUCUCCAUCCGACCAUCACUCCAUCGCUCCAUCGCUCCUACCCCUGUCUGCGAAAAUAGAAUGUGCGGCCUCUUUGGCUAUAUGUCCAUACGGGUGCGGACUUUUUGCCAUAGUUUAAAUGGCUAAAUGGCUCCCAUGGCAAAGCCACGUAGUAGGAUGCUCCUAGCCUGUGGGCUGUCGUUGUUAAUUUUUUCGUACUACGCAAUCUACAUGGGUAUAAGAAACAAGCCUUUUACGCUCACAAGAACGCUCCAAUGUCCCAUUCCCGACAAUGAAGAUGUCUGCAUCCAUCAUCAAGCAAACAAGAGGGACUUCGUGCAACUGUGCAAAAACAUCCUUCCGUCGGUCGGCACCUGUCAAGAUCGAAUGUACGGAGCGAUUGUGACCACCGAGGGAUUCAUCACAGAGGCCAGCAACAACACGUAUACGAUGAUUGUGCAAGGAAAUCGCCUCGGGAAAGAGAUGGAUAACUUCGUGCAAACAAGGUCUCAUUGGAUGAUUGACACCAUGAGCGAGGAAGGAUAUGAGGUGCUGAGGUCGUUCGCCGAUACCGAGCGUCUCGCCUUGCAGAAGGAGCUGGAUCAAGUACAGCAUCAAUGCGUCCGUUUCUUUAACGGAGCAGUCGGUUUUAAUGGUUUCGGAUCCAACUGGCACAACUUGGGUCUGGGGCUUGCCUAUGGCCUGCACUACAACAUGACGCUGUCACCUCCACACAAGUACGAAAACUUCAUACCCAUGACGACAUGCACCCAGGAAGAAAUGGAAAGGGCUUUCAGCGAACACCCUCCAGAGACUGAAUAUUCCAGAUGGAACGUCUCCACGGUCAACUUCAAAUCCCUUUUCGAAGACGUCCACGCUCUGAUGAACAACAUAACCAUCAUCAGGCCUGAAUUUCAGCACAAGGGCCAUUUCUGGUGGAGGUCCAUGUUGACCUAUUAUGCCGUACGACCCAAUUUCAGGAUGAGGGAGCUAAUCAGGCAGUCUGCGGUCGUAAAAACUCCCUGCAUCUCCAUCCAUGUGAGACGUUCGGAUAAGUUUAUGGAGGCUGCGCCCAUUGCAUUCCCAGAGUACAUGAAGCAGGCCGCUUUAAUGAGGGACAGGACAGGAAUAUCGAAUAUUUAUCUCAUGACGGACGACGAAGAAAUCAUAAUGUCGACCAAACAGUACCCCGACUUCCAGUUUCGCUACACGAAUGUAACAAGGUCGAAUAAGGGAUGGGCCGCCGACAGAGAUAGUGGUUUGUCCAUGGAUUAUCAGGAGAAGGUUUUUCUGGUUGACCUGUUUUCUGUCGCACAAUGCCAGCACAGCAUCGUCACAUACUCCAGCAACGUUGGUAGGCUCAUCGCAGAACUCUCGUACGCGAUGCGAAACAAAGAACCCGAUGUCGUGUCUAUGGACAUAAAAUGGAUGAUGGAACCAUAGAAUAUAUAUAUAUAUAUAUAUAUUAACGAGAACUCACAAGAAAGUAGCUCGUCUCUCUCCGAAAAUCGUCAUCGAAGUCGUUCUUCCCGCGGAGACGUGCCACCUAAACUAGAAGUGUGCUUGCUAACACACAUAAUUGGAAAAUAAAGAUAGACUAACUAUGAG